CGACCAGUAGCUUUCCAUGCUCCAAGCCUAAGUGUCAAAUGGGGCGACAGGCACGCGACAACGACAGGCCACAUGCGCCCCUUCAGCCCACCACCACUUGCGCCACAAGUGCCGCGUUUCCAUUUCGAGGCUCGAGCUGAGGCGACGUCGUUUCGUCUCGACAGCUAUCCUGCACAAGGAGUUCGACAACCUCAUCCGUGCACCGUGCUCAGUCUUCGAUUUCUUCACCAAUUCCACCAACACACGUCCGCAGUUGGGCAUUCCGCUCUCUGAUUUCUUUUACCCCUUGACUCCUCUUCCUGUGCCGAUUGACGGAAUCCGACGCGGGAGGACCAGGGAACAUGGCGUUCACGAUGCUUUCCCGCAGGGCAGCCGCGGCAUUGCUGGCCGUGUGCCUGCUGGCGGCUUGUGUUGUUGCUGCGGCGGUGCCGUCGGCCGCAGUGGUUGAGAGUCUGAGUCUCGAGGAGCUUGACGAGCAGCUUCAGACAUGCCCCAUCGUCAAGGAGCUCAACGCCGCGAAGCACGCACACCACGCCGCGCAGCCCUCGUCGCUGACGACGCGCCUCUUCGCCGUCCUCUUCCCGAGCUCCCGCCCGGCCGUCAACGCGCUCCUCGCGACGCUCUACAUCUCGGGCCCGCCCAACUUCCUUCUCGCCCUGUGCCCGACCAACAUCGACCCGGCGUCGCUGAGCGUCAUGGUGGCCUUUGCCGUCGGCGGCUUGCUCGGCGACACGCUCUUCCAUCUGCUGCCCGAGAUCUUCCUUGGCGAGGACGAGUCGGAGCGCGCGCGCUUCGUCCUCGUCGAGCCUAACCGCAACCUCGUGCUGGGGCUCGGCAUAUUGGUUGGCUUCAUGACGUUUGUGGCCAUGGACAAGGGGCUGAGGAUUGCGACGGGCGGUCAGGGCCACGACCAUGGGCACGCGCACGGCAACAACAAGGAGGAGACCUCUGUGGUAAAGGCGACAGGCACGGACGCAGGCAACGGCUCGGCCAAGUCCAGGAAGAAGGCCACAAAGGAGACGUCCGAGACGAGCAGUAAAGAUCUCGCGGAGCACAAGGAGGUGAAUCCAAGUGUCAAGCUGGGCGGCUAUCUUAACCUCAUCGCCGACUUUACGCACAACAUUACCGAUGGACUCGCCAUGUCGGCCAGCUUCUACGCCUCACCCACCAUUGGCGCCACCACAACCGUGGCUGUCUUCUUCCACGAGAUUCCUCACGAGGUCGGCGACUUUGCCCUGCUCGUGCAGUCUGGCUUCUCCAAGCGCGCAGCCAUGGCAUCGCAGUUUGUCACCGCGAUUGGCGCCUUGCUGGGGACACUGAUUGGCAUCGCAGUCCAGGAGCUCGGCGGUGGCGCAUCUACGUCAGAGGUCUCGAUGCCGCGCAAUGCCGGCCUCUGGGGGACGAGUCUGGUGAGUAACACCACUGCAAUCCCCCCCCCACUCUCACCACAUGAGCGGUCCUCUGACGCAUGAAACGCAGACCUGGGGCGACAUGCUGCUCCCCUUCACCGCUGGUACCUUCCUGUACGUCGGCACCGUGGCGGUGAUCCCCGAGCUGCUGGAGACGGGGCCGAACAAGGCGGCGGAGCUUCGCAAGACCCUCGUGCAGUUCACCGCCGUCGCGGUGGGCGCUGGUGUGAUGCUGUACAUUUCGUGGCAUGACUGAUGGAGCCCCCAUUGCUUAUCGCGUGUGCCUCAACACAACGUCGCGAGCGAGCCACGGACGUCGCCGCCCUGCUCUUAGGCAUGCUACGUCCUCUGUCCCUCCGGGCAUUGGCGGCGAGACGUUAUAGAUAGUACUAUUUGGCGACGGCCAUGGCAUGGAAAUAGGCGCCGGCUGGAGUGGUGUGGCGGUUGGAUGGUUGCCAACGGGUCAGUCGCAUAACAUGCAUUGGCGUAAGGGUUCGACGAGAGCAGUUGACGAUGGGCUGCACCUCGUGGAGAUUAUUAGACAGCGCAUGUUGGGUGAACUCUAACAUGUCAAAGCGGCGUAGGCAUCUAUCUUUUAAGCCCCAGGUUGAGCGUGGGUUGACGGGAGACGAGGGGCCCGAGAAAAAUAAACUAUUAUUAAGACAG